AUGGAGGAGGCAUCAGCGAGGGAGCGGAAGAGGCCGCGCGAGGGCGAUGCGAGCGAGGGCGACGCGAGGAUGCGCGAGGUAUGGAAGAGGCUGCUCGAGGCGGCGUCCGGGAAGCCUCGGUACACGUACCUGCCUAUCGCCGACACCCUCAAGGUUCCCGGCGUCCGGGUCUGCCUCUUCGCCGUCGUCGCUGAGAUCGGCGCCGCCGUCCACAGCCGUGGCACGGAUUUCACUGUUACGUUGAGGAUUGUGGAUGAAUCACGCAAGGCUGGAAUAUCUGCAACAUUUUUUGCUGACAACACUGCCCUAUUGCCCUGUGUCAAGUCAAGUGGAGAUGUGAUCAGUCUCCACGACGUCGUGAUACAGCAUCAUGGGGAGUUCUGUGUUACAUUUAACAAAAAGUUUUCUUCAUUUGCGCUGUUUGAAAGCAAAGUAUCUGCUGAGUGCAGCCCAUAUCAGACUUCUAUGAAAUGUCAUGGCAGGAAACAUGACAAAGAACUGUUAACCCAGAUGAGAACGUGGCUACCCAAUAAUCCUCUAGGUCUGUCAAUAAAGUAUUACACAUGCAAAAGGGUAUUUAUUGGGCCAGGUUCUGCAACAUUACUUGCAAGCAAGAGUUUGGCAUUUGGAAAGGCGUUUUCUUGUACUCUAGUAGAGUUCGCCUUUUAUCUCAUGAAGAUGGUAGCGUUGUUGAUCAUCUGA